AUGGCGCGGGGAGCGACGGACAGUGACAGGGGGGAGGAAGAGAGCCGCGCGGAAGGCAUUGAUGACCAAGUCGCUGAACGCGCGGAGGAGGAAGUCGCAGGCGACGACGACGACGACGUGAGCGACAGUGGCGACGACGUGGUGCUGCUAGGGUUCGUGCAAAAGCCGUCGCACGACUGGUCGCUCGAACGCCAUCGCUUCCCGAGCAAAGUCGGGGGCGCGCCGGUGAUGUCUCGGCGCCAGCAGCACCUGUCGCACCUUGCUCGGCCUGUUGGCUCCAGUCCGCGCUCGUGGUCGUUCCGUGCCUUCCCUGCCUCUCGGUUGCAGCCCAUCCAACGCGAAAGGAUGCCUUGCCAUGUGGAGGCAUGUGAUACAACGUGGAGUCAUGUGAUGGCAUGUGAUGGGCAGAUGGAGAGGCAUGCGAUGGUGUAUGGAGAGGCAUGUAUGGAUCCUGACAACAUCUCAUGCCGUCCAUCUCAUGCCGUCCAUCUCAUGCCGUCCAUCUCAUGCCGUCCAUCUCAUGCCGUCCAUCUCAUGCCGUCCAUCUCAUGCCGUCCAUCUCAUGCCGUCCAUCUCAUGCCGUCCAUCUCAUGCCGCCCAUCUCAUGCCGCGUACCUGGACCCGCUCAACGUGCCGUCAGACGCCCUCCUCUGCCACUUCUGCUCCCAGCCCCUGCGAUUCCUGCUGCAGGUGUACGCGCCAGUGGACAGCGAGCCCUCUGCCUUCCACCGCACGCUCUUCCUCUUCGCCUGCCGCCACCCGCACUGCCUCACCCGCCACCACCAGGAGCAGCAGCAGGCAGAGGUGGCCGACGGCAGAGCAAGGGAAAGGAGACGAAGCUGCCGCGCGCCAACCCCUUCUACGCCUUCACCCCGCCCCCCCCGGAUGCACCUGGGACACCACUCUCCCACCAAGGUCACUCCCUCCCCCUCAUCUCCCGCCAGUAACCCUGCAGCAACGCUCACCUUCAGCCAUGAUCCCGGUCAUCUGCCCUCCCCAUCAUCUGCCCUCCCCAUCAUCUGCCCUCCCCAUCAUCUGCCCUCCCCAUCAUCUCCCCUCCCCAUCAUCUCCCCUCCCCAUCAUCUCCCCUCGUGGCUCAAGUCCCUUCCUCCCUCUCUCCACCCGCAGUGCCCAUGUGCGCGUGGUGUGGCACGUGGAGGGGCAGCAAGCGCUGUGGGGGGUGCAGGCAGGUGGCCUACUGCAGCAAGGACCACCAGGUUCGUACUGGAGCAAGGACCACCAGCAGCGAGGAUACCUUCCGCGUCAGCAGAUGCUGAGUCAGCAGGGGGCGCAGGGAAUGACGUGUCAGCAGCGGAUUGGAGAGUGACGGUGCUGGACAGGGGAGGGUGGAAGGAGUGGGAGAUGGUGGUGGAGGAGGAGCCAGAGGAGGGUGAGGAGGGCGAGGAGGGUGAGAACAGAGAGGAGGCAGGGAGAGAGGGGGGGAGUGAAGGGGAAAAGGGGCCUGGGGCGGGGGCCGGGGGGGCGGAGGUGCGGCGGCUAAUGAGGGAGUAUCGGGAGCGCACCAGGGCGGAGGGGCCCAUUGCUGCGAGCGAGCUGGAGGGCUUCGGAGAUGUGAGCUGUCAAGAGAGGACAGGUGGGCUGUCAAGAGAGGACAGGCGGUCCUGUGACGUGGGUGGCGUGGGGGACGGGGUGGCCGUGUGCAUGGGCUGGGCAUGGAGUGGGCAUGGCGUGGGCAUGGAGUGGGCAUGGGGUGGGCUUGCGCAUGGGGUGGGCGCGGGGGCGGAUGCAGAGAAGAAGCAAUGGGCCGCUUUCCAGGCUGUGAUUGCCAAGGCACCUGAACAAGUGAUCAGAUACUGCCGAUCAGCCACCGCCCGUCCGCUGUGGCCGCAGCUGCAGGGGCAGCCGCCCAGCCAGGCUGCCAUUCCCCCCUGUGGCGGCUGUGGUGCUCCCAGGAUAUUCGAGUUCCAGGUGCUCCCGCAAAUCAUCUACUACAGUGCGCCUGACGCCACUGCUGACUCAGCGCUCGACUUCGCCACACUGGCAGUCUACGUCUGCCCCAACUCCUGCUGCCGCUCUUCACCGCUCAGCACCGCACAGCAGAGCAGUGUCGCUGUUCCAAGAAGUGUGGAUUCAGGAGUUGAAGCAACAGCAGUGGGGGCAAGUGCAGAGGGAAGCAGCAGUGCAGCGGGCAGCAGAGAUGCAGGCAGUGGGGACGUGAAAGGCUGUGAGGUAGCAGGUCAGCGGGGGGGCUUGCAGGAGCAGAGCAUGGGGUAUGUGGAGGAGUUUGUGUGGGUGCAGCUGCCUACCCAAGACCCUCUUGUCAUUGCUCAAACUGAUUGA